AGUUUUCCCGUUUCCCUCGUCUUCUUCUCCGCGGUUUAUACUCCCCCAAAAACCCUAGUUCGCUUUCGUCUCCGUACUCACUCCCGCCAUGGAACCCGCUGUCGUCAAAGCAGAAGCGGCGGCGGCGGAGGAGGAAGCCGCGAUCGUACCGGGAAUCGCCGCCAGCCACGGGCUUUUCAUAACUGACGGCGGUUCGUUAUACGACGGAUUUGAUGACCACGAAGAUUACUGGGAAGAAGAUAUGGAUGGAACGCCAGGUCCUUGCAGGAAGAAGGCCAGAGCUGCCGUGGAAUCCGCAUUGCCUUUGGGAUUUCUGGAUCCUCUUCCGCCGGAAGAGCGCGCUUGUUUCAACUCCAGGAUACGGGCUUUGCCGCCGUCAACUCCGGGGGGCGUGGAAUCGGGGAACCAGCAGUUGCCUGUAGCUGUUAAGCCGGAGGGGGAAGCUUGUGUUCCGGCGUUCCAGAGGUGUAAGCAGUUCUGGAAAGCAGGGGAUUAUGAGGGAACUGUUCAAUCGACUUCUUCUCCCUCGCAUUAUGUUGCCAUAGAUCAUGUCAGAGUUCAUCCUAAAUUCCUGCAUUCGAAUGCCACGAGUCACAAGUGGGCUCUGGGAGCUUUUGCAGAGCUUUUAGACAAUGCUUUAGAUGAGGUUUGCAAUGGAGCUACCUAUGUCAAUGUAGAUGUGCUGAAUAGCAACAGAGACAACAGUAGGAUCUUACUUGUUGAAGAUAAUGGUGGGGGAAUGACUCCUGAUAAAAUGCGACAAUGCAUGUCUCUUGGGUAUUCUGCAAAAAGCAAAAUGGCGAAUACCAUUGGCCAAUAUGGAAACGGUUUUAAGACAAGUUCUAUGAGGCUUGGAGCAGAUGUGGUUGUAUUCUCUCGUUGCCAGGCUAGAGAUGGGAGGAGUCCUACACAAAGUAUUGGAAUGCUAUCCUACUCAUUUUUAAGGGGAACAGGAAAAGAAGAUAUCGUGGUUCCCAUGAUUGAUUUUGAAAAAAGAGGAGAAUCUUGGGAUAUGAUGAUUAGAUCUUCUGUCAAUGACUGGAACAGAAAUUUAGAGACUAUAAUGCAGUGGUCUCCAUAUUUAAGUGAAGAUGAUCUCUUACAGCAGUUUGAUUUCUUGAAUGAUCAAGGCACUCGUAUUAUUAUAUACAAUCUGUGGGAGGAUGAUGAAGGAUCACCAGAGCUUGAUUUUGACACAGAUCAACAUGACAUUCAAAUACGGGGUGUUAAUCGGGAUGAGAAGAAGAUUGCGAUGGCAAAGACUUACCCAGACUCUACGCAUUUUCUGACUUACCAACAUUCAUUAAGAAGUUACGCGUCAAUUUUGUAUUUAAAGCUACCAUCUGGCUUUCGAAUCAUUUUACGAGGGGAGGAUGUUGAGCAUCAUAAUUUAGUUAAUGAUAUGAUGCUUUCAAAAGAGAUAACUUAUAGACCGCAGCCUAUUGCUGGCGAGCAUGCUCAUAAGAACCCAAAUCUGUACGCUUUGGUGAAUAUUGGUUUUGCCAAAGAUGCAAAAUAUCACAUUGAUAUCCAAGGUUUCAACGUCUAUCAUAAGAAUCGGCUUAUCAAGCCAUUUUGGAGGGUCUGGAAUGCUGCAGGAAGUGAUGGCCGUGGCGUGAUAGGUGUCUUAGAAGCUAAUUUCAUAGAGCCAGCCCAUGAUAAACAAGGAUUUGAGCGCACCAUUGUUCUUGCAAGACUUGAAAACCGUUUGCAAUCCAUGCAGAAGGAAUAUUGGGUGACAAACUGUCAUCUGAUUGGCUAUGCUAAGAGGCGUGACAAGAAAAGCAUCUCCCCCGCUGUUAGAAGCAAGUCUUCUUCGAGAUUUAUCUCGAAUGACCAUUGUUCCGAUAAAUCUAUUUCCAUAAACAAUGUUAAGCUUGAGCUAGGAUCAGAUACAAGUUAUGAGAACGUUGGCCCGGUUCCGUAUGGGACUGUAGCAAAUCCAUUCCAUGCACCAUUAAUCAAAGAAUAUAAGAGGCCUGGUAGAACGGCUGGAUGCUUAGCUUUAAAUUUGAGAAAUUUCAGUGGAGAUGAACAAGAUAUAAAUUGCACCCACCACUCUAUGAUGAUACAUAAGAUGAAGGAGGAGAACUUUGAACUCAAGAAAAGCCUGGAGGCAGCUUUGAAUGAUUUGCAGUUUGAAAGGGACCGAAAUCUGAUACUAGAAAACAAGAUUCUUACGGCAGGGAAAAUGUCUGGGUUCGUUGAUAAGGACCGGGAAUUAGCUUACGGUUUUGCAGAAGAACUGGUUAGAAAAGAGGAAGAGGAGGAGAGACUAAGGAGCAGACUAAAGGAUGCUUCAGAAACCAUACAAGAUUUGCUGGACAAAGUGAAGAUGCUUGAAGAUGUCUGCAUAAAUUUAUUUGUUGGGACUAUCAUAGACGCGGGCAGACAUUAGGGACGCGCAAACUGUUUGUUUUUUAGAAGACAAAUCACUUAAAAACGUCUUCCAAUUCCAAACAAAGACAUAAACCUUAGCUUCUCACCCUUCUCAAUCUAAAACCUACCCUCUUCUCAUCCGCCUCCCUUCCGGACUUCUCUUUCCCUCCGCCGCGACUUCUCUCUCCCUCCGCCGGCGUCCAUCUCCCUCCUCAUCAACUCCAGCGGCGCCGCCCUCCUUCUCGCAAUUGUGAGAUUGCAAGUCACGAUUGCAACUCCAGCGGCGCCGGCCUCCUCCUCUCAAUUGAGAUUGCAACUCCAUCGACGCCGGCCUCCUCCUCUCAAUUGAGAUUGCAACUCCAGCGGCGCCGGCCUCCUCCUCUCAAUUGAGAUUGCAACUCCAGCGGCGCCGGCCUCCUCCUCAGUGAAAUGGAGAAAAACAACAAUGGUCAAAUGAGGAAAUAAAAUGCUUAUUAGAGACUUGUAUUGAAGAGGUAAACACGUUGGGUAAAAAAGGGUUGAGUUUGCACAAAGAGUCGUGGAAUAAGUUAGGAAGAGUUCUCAAGGAAAGGUUUGGGCAAGGAAAUCCCAAACAAUGAACUGAACUGCUACGUAUGUCUCGUGAAUCCUUUGUCUGACUAUGUGCACAUUUUAGAAUGAAUUAUUCGUUUAAGGAUAGUAAACAUGUAUCGGUUGAGGAGAAGAUGGCUAUAUUUUUUAUGAUAAUCGGUCAUAAUCAACGUUACGUGGUUAUCAAGCGUAUAUUUCAACACUCAAAGCAAACUAUUAAUAAAUUUUUUUAUGAAGUCUUGGAUAAGAUGAUGCUUUUCGCCAAAGAUAUGAUAGUACAAACUUCAUUCAAUCCGAAUCCAAACAUUCCAGAAUUCCAGGACAAAACAAGAGGCUACGGUGGAUUUUUAAAGGUGCGGUUGGUGCACUAGAUGGAACUUUGAUACACGCAGUUGUCCCUAGUAGUAAACAAGAUUUAUAUAGAGGAAGAGGGAAAGGGGAUUGUUAUAAAAAUGUAUUAGCAAUUUGUGACUUCAACAUGAUUUUUACGUUCAUUGUGGCUGGUUGGGAAGGGGUAGCACAUGAUGCUAGAAUAUUGUCAGAGGUGUUAUCAGAUCCACAUGCACCAUUCCCGAUUCCACCACCAGGUAUGUUUAUGGUUUUUUAAAUAUGUCUAUCGUACUUCAAUACCUUAAUUGAUUUAUUUCUUUACAGAUACGUAUUAUCUUUGUGAUGCCGCGUAUGGACAUACACGAGGAUUUAUUGCUCCAUAUCGUAAUGUGAGGUAUUGGCUUGGAGAUUUUCGUGGAAGACGUGCAUUCACCAAUAAAGAGAAAUUUAACCAUGCACAUGCAAAACUUCGAAACGUUAUUGAGCGUGCUUUUGGUGUUUUGAAAGCCCGAUUCCCUAUAUUGAAGAGGAUGACACCAUUUCCGUUGGCUACACAAAGGAACAUUGUCAUUGCAUGUUUCGCGCUACAUAAUUUUAUAAGGAAAGAGGGCUUGAGCGAUGACUUCUUUACAAAAUAUGAUCAACUAAACGUGUCAUUAGGAAAUCGCCGUAGGCACGUUGAUGUUGAUGAAGAAGAGGUUGAAGUACACGGUACUGCAGCAGAUCGUGAAUAUAUGAUCAAGUUACGA